GAACCAUUUAGUUUUAAGUUCCUUUGUUUAAUUUAUUAGAUGCCCUUUUGUUGGAAAGGCAGAGUAAAAAAGCAAAAACAAAACACUGUCUUGUGUUUCUUUGCAGAUCAGAGCUUUAAAGACAACAUGGGUACUUUCCGAUAACUCCUCUUCCAGAAGAUCUUCCUCUUUCUUCUCCUUUUUCUUCGUUUAUAUUGCCUUUUCAUGCUUUGUUUUUGCUGUAUCUUUUUUCUUCAAUCUCUUCACCGUAAAAAAAGGGGGGGGACUCCAUAUCUGAUAUCUUUUGUCUUCCUUUUACGUCUUUCCUUGUUUUUGCUAUCUCUGGUCUGUGUAUCUCUUCUAAUGGAUUCUGGUAACAGUGGUAGUGUGCAAUCUUCGAGUUGCGGCAGUGAAGAGUUUGAUUCACGAGCUGACUCAAUCUCAGCUUUUUUUAACAGUAACCCAUCCACCCAUAUUUGUCAUGGUCCUUCCGGUAUCCAACCGCCGCCGCUGAUGCAACCCCAAAGGCACUCUCCAUCGUCUAUGUUGAUUGACCCUUUAUCGAGCUACUUCGAUCAUCCUUUAUCAAGUGCGACGAACCCAAAUUCACAGCUCAACCUCGACUCGGUUUGGUCCAAAAAUAUAAGAUCUGAGCCCAAUUGCAAUGAUCUUGGUGGUGGGUUUAUGGCCUCACAACAAGCACAAAGCGGAGCCACGUUUUCUUCUGUGCAGAUCCCUCAAGGACCAGAAAGCGGUACAAAAGCUUCAGUUUCAGGCACAACUGACCAACCCGCCAACACCAAUAUGGUGCGUAACUCAAAGAAGAGAUCCAGAGCUUCUUGGCGUGCACCGACGACUGUUUUGACGACAGACACGAGCAAUUUUCGAGCCAUGGUUCAGGAGUUCACCGGGAUCCCUGCACCGCCCUUUACCUCCUCGCCUUUCCCAAGAACCAGGCUUGAUCUAUUUGGUACAACUCAGUUAGACCCUUGUUCUCCCCAUUAUCUUUUAAGACCAUUUGCCCAAAAACUGCAGUAUCCUCCCCCAUUUAUGUCUUCUUCUACACCUUCCUCUUCCAUGGUCGAUGCUAUAGCUUCUACACCUAGCACUAUUCCUACUUUUAGUACAACUUCCAUUAACUACCAACUACCAUCCGAGUUAGGCCUUUCAAAGCAGCUGCCUCAAAAUCCACUCAACAACAACAACAGCAUCAACAUGCAAAACCUGAUGCUUAAUCUCUUUCAAGCCCCUCCAAAAUACCCGAUUUCCGAUUCUAUAGAGUCCUUCGGUUUUCCUUCGAACGAGUCUGCUCUCAAAAUGGGUGUUUUUGAAGAGUUGGGUUUGAGUCAGGGGCAUGGAAAUACCAACCUCGGCGGGGUUCAAAACAUGGUUCCUUCAUCAGAUAUUGGACCAUUGCCAAGGAACGAAAAUAGUGCUAUUCCUUCGAGCUGGGGAGAAUCAACUGGGAUUCGACAAUAUGAUCGAAGUCUUUUGAGGUCCAUCAAUGGCAGCUACAACAGUAACACGCAAAAAGUACUUACAAAUGGGGAUUUUUAUGGCGAUAAAGGGUCAGAUAGUGUAGCUACAAAAAGUGAAGGUAUGGCGGGACCAUGGAUAUGUUCAUCUGAGUAGAAUUAUCUAAUCAUAUUAUCAACAGAAUGAUAAAAAUCUUGACAAAGAAUAUCAAGGAAAUGAUGGUGAAUAUAUAUAUCAUCAUGAUGCAUGAAAGAGAUGGAAUCUUUCUUGUUCACAUUUUAACCAUGAUUUUCAAACAUAUAUGUAAAUCAAAACAGUACUCCCCCUUUCUUUGAAGUUUAAACUCCUCUUGGAUUUAUAAAUUAUAUUGUAAAUGCUGU